GGACGCAGAGCAUGUCAGAGGAGUCGGCAAAUGCUUCGGACGCGGAUAAGAAACGUGUCAUUGAAGCAUAGUUUAAGUAAACGGUGUUGGACGGAGACAUUUGGACCCACAGCUCCUUCGCUACGCGGAGGAAUCCGCCACAGACUGGCGCAACGACAUUGCGGCAUCUCGGCUGGUAACUGUCGGAUACCCCCCUCCUCCCCCCCUUUUUUUUGAUGUGCCGGUUCUGCCUGAAUAAAUUCGGGAUGAAGCUGAAGCCGAACCAGACCAGGACCUACGACGGUGAGGGCUUCAGAAAACGAGCGGCGUGUUUGUGCUUCAAGAACGAACGUGAAGAAGAGGUCCUGUUGAUCAGCAGCAGUCGAUAUCCAGACCAGUGGAUCGUCCCUGGAGGAGGGAUGGAGCCCGAAGAGGAGCCGUCUGGUGCCGCAGUACGAGAGGUCUUAGAGGAGGCCGGUGUGAAGGGGAAACUUGGCCGCCUGCUUGGAGUCUUUGAGCACAACCAGGACCGGAAGCACCGGACGUAUGUGUAUGUGUUAACGGUCACAGAAACACUGGACGCCUGGGAAGACUCCGUCAACAUCGGUCGCAAGCGGGAGUGGUUUACUGUGGAAGAGGCCAUAAAAGUGCUGCAGAUCCACAAACCCAUUCACGCCGAGUACCUGCGGAGGCUGAGCUGCUCCCCCACCAACGGAAACACCAUUCUCCCGAGCCCGUCGGGAAACGACAACUGCCCACAUUACAGCGCCACCGCGCCCCCAGCCGGGAGCAUGCUGGCAUCCUCCUGCAGAUAGGACUGCACGUAGCCCCGUCCCACGCAAAGUCUGUAGUCAGAAUGAUACGUGACGGCUCUGGUGUACAUUUUCUAAUCUGAUCUCCAGGACAGACCAAAGAUGAUGCUGGAAAUAUGUUUAAAAAAA